AUGAGUGCUGAAGAUGGUGAAGUGUUCGUGUCUGACGAACUUAGAAAGCAAGUUUUCGCUAAAUUAUCCAGUAAGUUAGAAAAUAAGGUUUGUUUUGAUUGUGGUAAUAAGAAUCCAACUUGGACGUCUGUUCCAUUCGGUGUUUUGCUUUGUAUUCAGUGUUCUGCUGUUCAUAGAAAUUUGGGUGUCCAUAUUACGUUCGUCAAAUCAUCUACUCUGGAUAAAUGGACAAUCAAUAAUUUGAGAAGGUUCAAACAUGGUGGUAAUAAUAAAGCCAAAGAAUUUUUUUUGAAGAAUAAUGGUAAACAAUUUCUAAACACUUCAAAUGUUAAUGCUCAGGUGAAAUAUACUAGUAAUGUUGCUAAACGUUACAGAGAACAUUUAGAGAAGAAAGUUUCUAAAGAUAUGGAAUUGUACCCAAGUGAAUUAGUAUUAAAUGAUCUUGAUGAAAUUCAAGAUACUAAUUCAUCAUCAGGUACCCCAUCGGCUAAUAAUAGCGUAGAUGACUUUUUUUCAAAUUUUACAAAUCCUACUGUAUCAAAUUCAAAUACGCCAAAAAAUUUAACGCCAUCAAAUACAGGUAAUGGAUCCAACUUAAAAAGAUCUACUAAAAAUAAUUCAUCUUCAUCUAUAUUAUCGUCAUCACGAAAGAAAUCGUCAUCCAUUUUGGGUAAUUCUACAAAGAAACAUUCUAUUUUAUCCUCGUCAAGAAAGCCAACUAAAUUAUCAGCUAAAAAAGUUGAUAAGCAGAAUGCAGAAGACUUAUUUGAUCAAUUUGAGAAAGAAGCUGAAGAAGAGAAAGGAGAACGUCAAACGAAGAGUUUCACUCUAUCAAAUAAUACUGCAACAAAUACUUAUAAGAUGAGUUCCUUUGCUGAUGAAAAUAAUGACAAUGUAGAUGACAUUGAAGAUGAAGAAGAUGAAGAGGAAUCAUUCCAAGAGACUUACCAUGCGCCAACCGUAGAAGAGGUGCAACCAAAGUUAGCAAAAUUAGGAUUUGGUAUGACUAUGAAUAAUGCAAACGACUUAGCUAAGGAGCAUAAGGAGUCUAUUAGAGCUGCACAAGGCCCUAAAUACACUGGUAACGUUGCUGCCAAAUAUGGUGAGCAAAAGGCAAUUUCAUCCGAUCAAUUUUUCGGUAGAGGCAGCUUCAAUGAAAAUGAAUCAUCAGAAGCCAAAGAAAAAUUGAAAACUUUCAAUAAUGCAACAUCUAUUUCUUCGUCAAGCUAUUUUGGUAAGGACGAGGGAGAAGAAGAAGGAGAACAAAAUGAAAAUCAAUACCCACAACGCAAUGGAAGCCAUUCUACAUACUAUGAUUUCAAUUCGAGUGCCGAUGACGAAUUACAGAUCUUGAAGGAUGUUGUUGAACAAGGUGCUGAAAAAUUAGGUAAUUAUUUAAGAGAUUAUUUAAGAAGGUAA